AUGGGGGACGAUCCGGGGAGGCUUUAUCGGUUGGAUGGAGUUGCUCAUAUCGCCAGGGUGAUCAACGACGAGCCUCGGCGUUGCAUAUCCAGCGUUAGGCGGCAGCAGGGGAUGCGUCUUGAUGAGAGAUGGUUCCGACUAGACGAGCCCAUUGUCAGUGCAUUCGUCGAGAGGUGGCGGCUUGAGACGCACACCUUCCACAUGUCGUUCGGAGAGUGCACCAUCACGCUUCAGGACGUCGCAUACCAGCUGGGGUUGCUGGUGGAUGGACAUUACGUCAGUGGUUGCCUGACAGACUUCCACCUAUACAUUGAGGGUGGGAGGCCAGCUUGGCAGUGGUUCCAUGAGUUGCUCGGUGUUUUACCUCCUGAGAACCAAAUUCAGAAAUUCGCAGUCAACUGCACCUGGUUCCAGGAGACAUUUGGAGAGUGUCCCGACGGGGCUGAUGAGGAGACACUGUUUGCCGACAAGUCCGGCAAUCGUAUACACAUCAGAUGGCUGCCCUUUGUUGCUAGGCUUGACGAGAUGGGUGGCUAUAGUUGGGGGUCGGCGGCACUAGCAUGGUUGUACCGGUGCCUGUGCCGAGUCGCCAACAGACAUGUCGUGAAGUUGGCAGGGCCUUUACAGUUACUGCAGUCUUGGAUCUUUUGGAGGUUUCCUUCUUUUAGGCCUCCUGGGUAUGAUGCGUUUAGCUGGCCCCUUGCCUCAAGGUGGUCUGGUUACAAUCCUAGGAUUAGCAACAAGGGACCACGGGUGCAGAUGGCUCGCCUGAAGAUCGACUUGUUACAGCCUCGAGAUUUCAUAUGGAUGCCCUAUAGCGCACUCGACGUCAUCUAUGUUGUCCAUCUGGAGGUCUUGGAGCCUCGGCAUACGAUGUUAUGGCGGUGUGUGACGUCCCUGAUAUAUUUUGCGGUGGUUGAGUGGCAUCAGGUUGAUAGAGUGUUACCGCAGUUUGGCGGCGUUCAGCCCCCACUGCAUCCCGCCCUGAACAUCGAUUUUUCUUGA